AUGACCACUUCAAAAACAGAUAUCAAUGUUAAUGGUUUACAAUUAUCUGUCUAUGGUUUGACCGAAUACAAAAAGUUACCUGAGAAUACCCCAGUGGCCGUCAUGUUUGCUCUUCAUGGUCGUCUACAAAAUAAAUCCAAGAUGGAAGCUAUUUCUCAAGUACUUUGUAGUUUGAAUGCAUCCAAGGGAGGAAAACCACGUUCUCGUCAUUUGCUGGUGGUAACCUUUGAUCAUGUCAAUCACGGAUCUCGUCUUGUUGAUAAAAAGGCAAACUUUUCGUGGAAGGAAGGAAAACAUCAAAACCCAAAUCAUGCUAUUGAUAUGUGGUCCAUGUUUCGGUCUGGUGCGCGUACGGUAAGCGAAUUGAUUGAUGUAUUGGAAUACUAUUUGUUUGAUAGUGGUCGUCCUGUUCAAGUCUGGGGUUGUCUUGGCUUUUCUAUGGGCGCUCAUGCUACUUUUCUUGCUGCUGCUAAUGGUAAAAAAAUGAUCUUCAAUGGAACUGAUGAAUUUUUUUUUUCUAAUUCAUUUUUUUUUUUUUUUUUUUUUUUUAUAUAUAUGUAA